CUGCUGGCGGUGGUGGUGCGCGGCGCGCCGUCGCCCGCCUGUCCGGGGCUGCUGCUGGUGGCGCGGGACGCCCAGGAGCUGCGUGACGUCAUGACCUCCGCGGCGCCACCUGCCAACGCCACACGCCCUCGCCACAACUCUUCGCUCAGUCUGCUCCGCCGCGACAUCCCGCCCGCGCCCGCGCCCGUGCUCGCCGUGCUGGCCCACGAGCCGCACCCCGAGAGCUGCCAGGCGCUGGCGCGCGCCCCCGAGCUGCUGGCGGAGACGCGGGCGCGCAUGCGCAGAUGGCCCGACCUGCGCGGGAGGGCGCUCGUCGUCCCGGCCUCCUACAUCCCCCCGUUCACCUACAACGAUACGCGCGAUGGGCUUGAGGACCGCUUCGUGCGCACCCUGGCGGAAGUGCUGGGGACGACGCUGACGCCAGUGGCUCUCAUCCCCACCAAGUACGGUUACCAAUGGGACGCCAUCAUGGAAAUGCUGCAAGAGGGCGUAGGCGAUGUCAGCGUGGCCGCCUUCCCCGCCAUCCAAGACGUGCAGAGGCAGGUGGAGCUGGGCUACCCGUGGGGCGCUGGCUGCUUGACGAUGCUGGCGCCGCGGCCGCAGCCUUCGUACGGCGGCGGGCAGCGCGUUCACGCGUGGCUGCGGCGGCGGCCGUGCCGCCUUCCCCGUCCCGUGCGCGGCGAGCGCAGCGGGCGCAGCGGGCAUCUGGAGGCGCUGGGCGCGCUGCUGGCCGCCGCCAACCCGCCCCCCUUCCCGGCGCCGCGCCCCAUCCCGCGCCGCGCGCUGCUGCUGCUGUGCAACGUGGCCGGCAUCGUGCUGGUGACGGCGUACAACAGCGGGCUGUUGGCGCACCUCACCGCGCCGCGCUUCCCGCCGCCCGUCGACUCGUUCGCGCACUUCCUGGCCGCCGGCCUGCACUGGGGCACCACCGUCCCCAUCCCCAAGGGCUUCUACAACCACGAGCGUCCGGUGGAGGUGGCGCUGAAAGAUCGCUACGAGCGGAUGGUGGACGCCGAGGAGCUGAGCGCGCGCGUGCGCAGGGGCCUGUUCGCGGCGCCGGGCCUCGAGGUGGGCGGCGUCUUCUGCCCCGUGGGCGCCCCGCCCGCGCGCCACCUGCUGCCGCGGCUGCGCGUCAUGCGCGAGUGCCUGCGCACCGACAUGUACGCGCUCGUCUACCCCAAGGCGGGGCUGGACGGGCACUGGCUGCGCGAGGCGCUGCGCCUGCGCGUGGACCCGGCGCUGCUGCAGAUGGCGCGCGUCUCAGCCCCGCACGGCCGCGCGUCGCCUUCCACCGACGCCGCGCCUCAGAAGCUGACGCGCGCCGCCCUCGCGCCCGCCUUCGGGCUGCUCGCCGCAGGGCUGGCCGCCGCCGCCGCGGCCGCCGUCGCCGAGCGCCUCGUCGCAAGAUGCGCUCGGACGCGCGCGCGCCUGUGGCGAGAUCGCUGA